AUGGCGACGGCGACGGCGACGGCAACGGCGACGGCAACGGCAGCGGCGACAGCAGCGUCCUCCAUCCUCAACCACUCGUCGCAAACGUACAACUUCCGCUUCUCGCCCUUCCUCCGCGCCACAUACCAGGUCGGCCUCCCGCUCGACCGGCCGGUAUGCAAAGCCUACCAGAGCGGCAGCUGCCCCAACGGGACGCGCUGCACCGAGCGGCACGUCCAGGACUCCAAGACGGCACAGGCAACGGGCGGCCUCAACUCGCUCGUGUGCAAGCACUGGCUGCGCGGGCUCUGCAAGAAGGGCGAGCACUGCGAGUUCCUGCACGAGUACAACCUGCGCAAGAUGCCCGAGUGCAACUUCUUCAUGAGGAACGGGUACUGCUCCAACGGCGAGGAGUGCCUGUACCUGCACGUCGACCCGUCGUCGAGGCUGCCGCCCUGCCCGCACUACGACAUGGGCUUCUGCCCCCUCGGGCCGCUGUGCUCCAAGAAGCACGUCCGGAGGAAGCUGUGCGCCUUCUACCUGGCGGGCUUUUGUCCCGACGGCCCGAGCUGCAAGGCUGCGCACCCCAAGUGGAGCAAGGACCUGGACAGGCCGACGGUCAAGACGGACAGGAAGGAGGAUGAGGAUGGCCACGUGGACGGGGUGACGAGGGGCGACGACGAUGGCGAGAGGACGGCGAGAGAGGGGCUGGGACGCGGCGACCGCGACAGGGAUAGGGAUAGGGACCGCGACCGCGACCGCGAUCGGGAUAGGGACGAUGGGAGGCAUGGCGGCAGAUUCAGAGGCGGUGGGAAAUGGAGAGGCGGACGAGGCGGCAGGUUCAGAGGAAGGGGCCAUUGA